AUGUGUCCCCCAUUCAACGUAGGCCGUAGGGUCAAGGGCAUGUCCUGCCUCUAUGUGGAAUGGCUAUACCAGCUUGUCCACAGAGACCAGAUGAAGAUCUGCUUUGCUUGCUUCAAGGCAGCUUUCCAUACUAAUAGAAUAUUGCUGCAGAUGGAAUACUUGGAAGGGCUACCAUGGCAGGAUAAGCCCCAGGAACUCUCAGAGUCAGGAUUAAAGCCAGAGGAGGAAUCUCAGCCUGAAGAAGAAUCUCAGCCCAAGGAAGAAUCUGGGCCAGAGGAGUGGUCAGGGCAAAUCUGUGCAGAAGAUCAAGAACAUAUGUCUGAUUCCAUCAGUGACUAUUCAAGUCAUGGCUUUCUGACUCCAGGCUCUGUAGGGUCAGAUCUGGAGCCUGAGGAAGCUGUACCCCUGGACCCAGGCCCCGAGGAUACUGACUGGAAUCAACCCCUUCCCUGGAGAUUAGGUAGCUUCUAUCCCUGCCCCCACCAGUGCAUUAUCCCCCCUCUGUCCUUGUGGGAUGUUUUCAAUGUGGACCCAUAUCCUGAGCAACCUGUGUUGUUGGAGUUGAGCCCCCUCUGGCCCAUGCGCAACGUAGUAGGAACAUGGUUGGAAAACCUGGAUUACAACUUGGUGUUGUGUGGCUGUGGUACUGUCUGCUACUUGCUGUCAAUGAUUCCUUUAUGGGCUGUGAGAACCCAGGUCAAUCGCUGGCAGGUGUUGCUGGACACGAAAGCCAUGAUGCAGGCCCACCUGGAGACUGGACCUCAAAAGAUGGACCUGAGCCGCUGGAGACUGAGCAUCCUAAAGUACUCAAGGAUGGGGUUAGAGCUGGAGCCUGCUGACUGCACCCUGCGGAAGGGCGGCUUCAAGGUGCACUCCUAUCUGCCCUGGCACAGGGACAUCCCAGAGGAAUGGAGCAGGAAGCCAGAAGAGAUAUUGUUUGUCAAUAAUAUUGAGAUUAUGUGUUACCUGAGAGCUUCCUCUCCUGAGCCUUCUUUUUGA